AUGACUUUACCCGCUGCGCAGUCGGAUGGUAUCCCCCAAACCUCCAAACCCCCUGCUGUUGAUCCUCAGAGUCAACCACCGGCACAAUCCUCCGAAUUGAUAUUGGUCCCUGCCACACCUGUCGAGUAUGUUCAGACAGCACAUCUUAAUGCCGAUGAGUGGAAAGGGCCGUUGACUUUGGAGCAAUACUUGGAGCGAGAAGCGGUCUUACAAUCGGUCGAUCUGACAAAGGAUGGUCGCAUCACCGGCUGGAUUCUGACCUCGGAGUCCCUUCCCAUGAAUCCUGACGGUACUCGACCCAUUUUCGCUUCUUGCGAGAGCAUCCUAGUUCAUGCCUACGUCGCCCGCGCUGGAAACGUUGAGAAAGCCCAAGCCCACGGCAUAGCCUCUGUCUACGUACGGCCUGAAUAUCGCGGGAGAGGCUAUGCUGGCAGAAUGAUGGCAGAACUGGGCCAGAAACUGGAAUUCUGGCAACAAUCUAAUGAUCUCCCCAAUCCCUUCUCUGUCCUUUACUCCGACAUUGGGCCGAAAUUCUACUCGAGAUUUGGCUGGAGAGUCUUUCCAAGCAAUCACAUUCGUUUGACCCCACGGCAACAGGAAGACCAUGGUUCCGCCCGGAUCCCCUUUCCCGCUGUGCACGACUUGUCUGUAUCCGAUUUGCAGGACAUUCCAACCGUCACGUAUAUUGAGCAGCACCUGCAGCAAAUGUCCACAGCAAAUCCUCGCAUUCCCCACGUGGCAAUCCGCCCUGAUCUCGAACACUUUGCUUGGCACUUUGCUCGAGACGAGUUCCAAAGCCAGGUUCUCGGCCGAGAUCAGCCCACAGUCAAAGGCGCCAUCCAUCAAGCCACUGGCCUUGCUUUGAUCUGGUGUCGCGUCUACGCGGCUGAAAGGAAAGAUUGGCAGCUGCAUAUUCUUCAUACGGUUAUUCCUCCUACCAUUGAGAAUUCAAAGACGGCCCAAGAUGCGAUGGCGGCCCUGCUAUUAAGAGCGCAGCAUGAGGCACAUAAAUGGGGCAUGGCGGCCGGGGUGGAAGUCUGGGAUCCCUCGGAUCUGAUCGUCGCUUCAGCUCAAAGGUUGAGAGCAGAAGUACAGGACAAGGUUGAAAUCAUUGCCCGAGACAAGGACCACUUAUGCAGUCUUCGAUGGGCUGCUGCUUCAGAUGAUGACUUGGUGUGGGUAGCCAGUCAAAAAUACGCCUGGUGUUGA